AAUGUCAAAAUUCAUACUUUUCCAAAAUAGUAAUUUAUGAAUGAAUGAAUAUUCAUUGGCAUUUUCAUUUUUUUAAGUUUAUUUGGUGAAUUACUUGCCGAUAAUUAGAGUCGUUUAGUAUAAAAGGACUGCAAUAUUCACUGUAUUUGAUACACAGCAAAGCAGAAAAAUGGCUGAUGUAGUUGCCACCCUGGUUGAUAUGGGGUUCCCAAAAGAUCGCGUAGAGUUAGCAGUAUCAAAAACGGGAAGUCAAGAUGUUCAGACAGUUAUGGACUGGAUGCUAUCUCAUGAAAAUGAAUUGGAAACUGCCGCUGCCUCAACAACAAUGGCAGCUGAAGAAGUAAACCACCAACAAGGGGCAAGUACAGCUGAACCCACACCUGAGAGUAUUUCUAAUUUGGCUGCACCUGAAAAUGGCGCUACACUAGUUGCCAAGUCCAUAAAAUGUGAGGACUGCGGCAAACUAUUUAAAACGAAUGAGGAAGUUGAGUUCCAUGCUUCAAAAUCAGGCCAUGAGAAUUUCUCAGAAUCAACGGAAGAAAAGAAACCACUUACAGAAGAAGAAAAAAAAGAGCAACUGGCGAAAAUCGAGGCCAAGUUAAAACAGAGAAGGCUAGAAAGAGAGGCCAGAGAAAAGCAGGAGGCAUUAGAAAGAGAAAAGUCUAGGAUAAAGUCUGGAAAGGAAAUCCUGGAAGCUAAGAAAAAACAUGAAGAGCUAGAAAUGAAAAAAAUAAUCGAGCAAAGGAAGAAAGAAAAAGAAGAAGAACGUUUGGCCAGGCAGCGGGUAAAAAACCAAAUCGAGGCGGAUAAAUUGGCCAGAAAAGCGAAAUUCGGUGGCGCCACCCAAGAAAAAUCAGUUGAACCCCAACCCGCUCCUGUUGUUGCUGAACCAGCAGUGAAAAAACCUACACCGACCUAUAACGAAGUUAAAUUACAAAUACGAUUGGCUGACGGUAAGACUUUAGUGCAGAACUUUGGAAUCAAAGAGCCUCUCUCGGCGGUUAGAUUAUACAUUGAAAUGAACAAAACCGACGGGGAUUAUCCAUUUAAACUUAUGACUAGUUUUCCUAGGAAGAUUUUUAAUUCUGAAGAUUAUGACAAACCUUUGGAUACAUUAGGUUUGGCACCUACGGCCACACUGAUCGUAUCAAAAUCGUGAGCCCAUAACGGAAAAUUUGGGUUUUUUGCCGCAUGUUAAAAAAACCGCUUGUGAUUUUAUCUAUAUAAAUAUCUAUUUUGCAAGUUUAGUAAUUUAUUAUUUGGUUCUAAGUGCAUUGUCGCAUUUCUAUGUAAUGUUUUAAUAUUAUUAAUUAUUAAAAGUAAAAUGGUAAUAAUUUUUUUUUGAACGAAAAUAAAUCUUUUUUAAUAUUGAAAAA